AUGGUGAACAUUGGACUGAAGCGUCGGCUCCCUUGCCUUACCCUACCGCCAAAGCUAGGUCCCCAAGUGAAGCUCGCCACCCACCUGUUGACAAACCAGAAGGUUGCGAUCAAGAUCAUGGACAAACGUCAACUUGGUGAAGAUCUUCCGAGAAUUAGACUGGAGAUAGCCGCCAUGAAAGUUCUCUGUCAUCAAAACAUCUGUAAACUGCUACAGGUUCUAGAGAAUGAUACAAAGAUCUACAUGAUACUUGAAUACUGCCCCGGAGGAGAACUAUUUGAUUAUAUAGUUGAUAGAGAUCGUCUUUGUGAAGCUGAAUCAAGGAGAUUUUUCCGUCAAAUAGUUGCUGCAGUUGCAUAUAUACAUGAGGCUGGGUACGCACACAGAGAUCUUAAACCUGAAAAUAUACUGAUAGAUGAAGAGAACCAUUUGAAACUCAUAGAUUUUGGACUCUGUGCCAAACCAAAGGGUGGAAUGGAAGCAGUACUGGAGACUUGCUGUGGAAGUCCCGCUUAUGCUGCUCCUGAACUAGUAUCUGGGCGGAACUAUCUGGGGGCGGAGGCAGAUAUCUGGUCUAUGGGAGUACUCCUAUACGCCCUGCUGUGCGGGUUCCUACCCUUCGAUGACGAGAACAUCGCCUCCUUGUACAGGAAGAUUCAGUCAGGAGUUUACGAGAAACCACCUUGGCUCUCACAGGGAUCCCUGGAUAUGCUCCACGCUAUGCUGCAGACUGAUCCUAAAAAGCGGAUUACCGUGAAGGAGAUGCUCCACCAUCCUUGGCUCAUGGACGGAUACGAGAAACCGGUCAAAUGGCAAUCCAAAUACAGAACUGGGCAGUUGGAUGAGGAAGUUGUCGGGGUAAUGGCGGAGUACUACGGCGUGACUCGGCAGACAGAGGCGGAGAAAUUACUACAGUGGGGAUAUGGGACUCAUACCUGUAUAUACUUUCUACUACUUAACAGAAAACAGUGCGGUAAAGAGCUGAACAUCCUUCCCUCAUUGGUUGACAAGAAACCUCUUCCAGAUCUUAUAGUAGACAAGGGAACGCCUAAGCGUGCAGUUCUCUGUGAGAUGAACCGAGAGGGGCGUGUCCAGGAAUUGAAUAGGGAGGGUCGAGGAUUGGGUAACUCCCCCCGAGGUCUAGCAACAAGUAUGGAGGGAGGGCUAGAUAACAUUGCUCUGCUCAAUAUAGGAACACCACCGGGCAAAAAGAAAGAGGAGAAGGAAAAAGAGGAGAAAAAUGAACUUCCUGUUCCGUUUGAGCGAACCGGAAACAAGAAUAGGGCCAGUGAACGUUACCAUAUUCCUCACAAAAAGGCUGUCAAGGACCAGCAGAAGCAGGACGAGGAUGAGAAGAAGGACGGGGAGGACAAGGAAAACUUCGCAACUCCUUGUGAGACACCACGUCGGCAAAAAUCCUCUAAAAAGCUUGAGGACAGAAAUACUCCUGUCCUCUCCCCUUCGAGGUCAAUGGAUGCCGGACUUAACGAACUCCACACCCCCUCUAAACCUGGUCCAGUAGACUGGUUUGCUACACCUUCUAGUCGUGCCCCUGUCACACCAAAAGGGGCGGGCUCAACCAAGAAGGUGUUUGGAAGCCUGGAGCGUGGGUUGGAUAAGAUGAAGAAUAUGCUUACUCCAAGGAAACGAAUCAACUCCAAUAUAUUUACAACUACAUAUGGAAUCCAAUGUCAACAGAAAGGAUAUAUUCUACGGGGUAAGAUAACUGAUCCAAGCGGUUUAGCUAAACUAUCUUUCGAGCUCGAGGUCUGUAGGAUACCUAACCUGAAUGUUGUCGGUAUCAGGAGAAAGAGGUUGAAGGGAGAUGCUUGGUGUUACAAGAAAGUAUGUGAAGAAGUACUCAAGAUGACAGCUGCUUCAAGUAGAUACUAAGACAGCUAACAGCUGCUUCAAGUAGAUACUAAGACAGCUGACAGCUGCUUCAAGUAGAUAUUAAGACAGCUGACAGCUGCUUCUAGUAGAUACUAAAACAGCUGACACCCUAACGACAGCUAUAAUUGUGGACUUUCUUAGUUUCUUGAAUUCUACUAUUUUCGACACUUUUUAUUUCUAUAAUUAUUAUCUAAAAAUCAUCUCUCGGUCAGUAAAAAUUAAACACAACGUUCAUGAACAAUGUUGUCAUCAUUUUGUUUAGUUUUUUUCUUCUGCAGCUUUUUUUGUUCGUUAGCAGAAAUUUAAGAUAUUUAAAAACUAGUAUUUUUUGAGUUCACGAAAUAUUUUUAUUUUAAUUUGAGGUAAUUUGUGAAUUUUUUUAGUGUUUCUAUACAACAAAUUCAUCCAAUCUCUAAUUUUUUACCAAUUAAAUUGAUCUCUACAAAACUUCAUACGCUUUUUCUACGCUUAAGUUCAGGACAAAUGUACAAAAUAUGUAAAUAAGUAUUGAUAAUAGGGAAGGAUAUAUAUUUUUAUACAACUAACACCCAAUCUAGGACUAGA